UGUGGAUCUCACUGAUAAGACCUUUUACACUUCCACUGUUCAGUUAUCUCUUGGUGUGGGUUUUCAGGUGGCGUAUCAAAGAAUCAAGACUGUGUAUGUGUUUUGUGUGUGUGUCUGUGUGUUCCAGGCGCUGUAAUACAGGAGCGGGACGGUGUGUACGUUUAUUUUUGGCUCAGUGUAAGCUUGUCGAUGGCUGCCGAUGCAUCGCAAAGGAAAGCUCUGAGAUAUCAGCAGACCCUGCUGUAUGGAGAGUACAGGGAGCAGCUGGGUAGUCAUGCCCGGAGGGAGGCCACACAUCUGCUAACCGAGAACCAGUCAAAUAGACAUGCUGGCAAUGCUAGGGCAAUUAGAAGAGGCUAUGGCCGAAGGCAUCAUAUCGCAUUGGAAACAGAACCCAUGACCCCAGGAUUUAGCCACUCUUCCUCAAUAAAAGAACCUGAACCUUACUCGAAAUGCCAAGAUUGCCUGAGACGAAUACAGGGGUAUUUAGUAACAAAGCUUGGGGAGGACUGGAUUUUCCUGGUGCUGCUGGGUCUCACCAUGGCUCUAGUCAGUUGGAGUAUGGACUAUGCCAGUGCAAAGAGCCUACAAGCAUACAAAUGGAUGUAUGCAGAGCUAAAAGGGAACGUGCCACUACAAUAUCUGGCCUGGGUGACGUAUCCCAUAAUUCUCAUUGUGUUCUCAUCUGUCUUUUGCCACCUGGUCUCUCCACAAGCCAUAGGUUCUGGAAUACCAGAGCUGAAGACCAUUCUGCGCGGCGUGGUGCUGAAGGAGUAUCUAACUCUGAAAGCCUUUGUGGCUAAAGUCAUCGGUUUGACUGCGAGCCUGGGCAGUGGCAUGCCUUUGGGAAAAGAGGGCCCUUUUGUCCACAUUGCAAGUAUCUGUGCUGCUGUGCUGAGCAAAGUAAUGUCUAUAUUCACAGGAGUGUACGAGAAUAGUGCCCAUGUUCAGGACCUGCUGGUGUGUGCGUGUGCAGUGGGAGUCGGCACCUGUUUCGGUGCCCCUCUGGGAGGUGUGUUGUUCAGUAUUGAGGUCACAUCCACUUAUUUUGCUGUGAGGAAUUAUUGGAGAGGAUACUUCGCCGCUACGUUCAGCGCCUUUAUAUUCAGAGUGCUGUCUGUUUGGAACAAAGACUCUGUCACAAUUACUGCUCUGUUCCGCACAAAAUUCCGGAUGGACUUUCCGUUUGACCUGCAGGAGCUGCCAGCAUUUGCUGUCAUUGGGAUCUCAUGUGGAUUUCUGGGAGCAUUCUUUGUUUAUCUAAACAGACAGGUUGUUUUGUUUAUGAGGAGACCAACAGCACUCACCCAAUUCCUCACAAAAUACCGGUUGAUUUACCCUGGUGUGGUCACUUUCAUUAUUGCCAGCUUCACAUUUCCACCAGGCUUUGGUCAGUUUAUGGCCGGUGAGCUGAUGCCAAGAGAGUGUAUCAGCUCUCUGUUUGAUAACUUCACCUGGACAAAAGUCUGGGACCCCACCACGGAACCAGGCCUGGGCCGCUCCACUGCGUGGUUCCAUUCGGAAGUCAGCGUCUUUGUCAUCAUGCUUCUCUUUUUCAUCAUGAAGUUUUGGAUGUCUGCAGUUUCAACGACGAUGCCGAUCCCCUCUGGCGCCUUUAUGCCUGUCUUUAUACUUGGAGCUGCAUUUGGCCGGUUGGUAGGCGAGAUCAUGGCCACACUUUUUCCAAAUGGUAUCCUCUUUGAUGAUAUUGUUUACCGAAUCCUACCUGGAGGCUACGCUGUGAUUGGUGCUGCAGCGAUGACCGGUGCAGUCACACACACAGUUUCGACAGCAGUGAUCUGCUUUGAGCUGACCGGGCAGAUAUCACACAUCCUACCCAUGAUGGUGGCAGUGAUCCUGGCUAACAUGGUGGCACAGGGCCUGCAGCCAUCACUUUAUGAUUCCAUAAUCCAGGUCAAAAAGCUCCCUUAUCUCCCAGAGCUUGGUUUUGGACACAUCAGUAAGUAUAAUAUCUGUGUGGAGGACAUCAUGGUGAAGAAGGUGAAGUUUUUGUCUCCUCAGACCACAUACCGUGAGCUUCUUCACCUUCUGCAGAGCACAACCCUCAAAACCAUCCCAGUGGUGGAUUCUAAAGAGUCAAUGAUUUUGUUGGGCUCUAUAGAGAGGUGUGAGCUUCAAGCAGCCUAUGACUGGUGGCUGUCAGCCGAGAGACGAAUCACUAACCAAGGUCAGACAAUGUGCAGUCCAGGAUCUGUGGUCAACUGGGAAACCUUCAGUUUAGUAGAUGAAGAAGCAGGAGAGGAGAGCAAGGAAAAGGAAAACACAGUCUCUGAGGAGCACAAUGGUCCACUGGACACUGGGGGGGAUCCCAACAAUCACACGGCGCCUGGUGCACUCGGAUUCAUGAGGAGCGCACUUCAUCGCCUCUUGUCCAACUCAUCCUCGCCGCAGCAGGCUAAGUCACAGGAUGAACUACCCGCUCCUGUAACAGACAGCAUGACUCCAGAGGAGAUCAAAGCCUGGGAGGAUGCUGAGCUGGAUAAGCCGAUCGAUAUUGAUCAGAUUCGCAUCGAUCCCUCUCCGUUUCAGCUGGUGGAAAGAACAUCGCUGCAUAAGACACACACCCUUUUUUCUCUUUUGGGUCUCAGUCAUGCCUAUGUCACUAGCAUAGGUAAACUUGUGGGGGUCGUAGCGCUUAAAGAGCUUCAGAAGGCCAUAGAAGGUUCAACCCGUAGUGGCGUGCGUCUCCGCCCCCCUCUGGCCAGUUUCAGAGAUGCCAGCCGUAAAGCCAAGGAGCACCCACAUCCAGGAUCAGCCCCCUCAUCUCCCAUUCGAGACAAAGACCUGUGGAGUGAGGGAGAAAAGAAGGAAACGAAAGACGAAGCAGAGCCCAAAUUGGCCGAACCAAAAGAAACAGAGUGCAAGGUCAAAGUAGACGGCAGCAGCAGAAAUUCAGAUCAUCCAGCACAGGGUCAGCCUUUCUCCUCUUUCUCUCCCUCUUCUCCAUCUAUCCCUCUCACAUCCCUCCAUCCUCUGCCUGAAAAGGAGACAAAUGGAGAGAAAGAGAGUGAUGAUGAACUGGUUUAAGGAUUCUCUGUUUUUAUAUGUCUUUCUUCCACAGACUUAACCCUCUGUAGAGUCUCUGUUGAGACGUUGGUGAGCUUUGGCUGCAGAUGUUCUAAAAAUGUACUACGUGAUGUGAAGUUUUUCUACAUCUGAUACAGAUUCCUUGGUCUAUUUCUAAGACUCUCCCUACCUGUCUCAGGACACUGUGUAUCAGCCCUCCCUCAGUCUGCCUCAAUGUCUGCGUGUCCUUUUAUCUGUUAUUGAGAAGCAGGUGCUUGAACAUCACAUCUAAUCAGCAUGUUUAAUAUUUCCAUUAGUUAGAUGAUCCAUUAAAUUGCCUUCCAAAUAAUUUAAGCUUCAGAAUUUUGUUUCUCUUAUCGCACUGCUUGAUUAUGAUCCAGACAAAUUAUUAUUAAAUGGAAUUAUAACCAGUGUCUUUAAAAUGUGAUUAAUAUGUUUUCUGUAGUUUUGUUUUUCUAACAAAUUGUUUAAAAAAAAUUAUUUCAUUCUUGUUCAGGACCUUGCUUCAUAUUGAACCUAAACAAAACAUUGCAUUGUUUUAGACAAAAAAAAAUACAAUACAGAAUUACUUCUUCUUUGUUUAUUUGUUUGUUUUUCAUUAUUGUCAUAUGGGAAGAGGUGUAGAAUAGGGGUAGAUGGGGUAUUUGUCUAUGGCUAGGGUUUUUUUUUUUUAAUCUCGUGCAGGAAUAAGAAGGAGAGCGCACGAGACAGAGACAGGGAGAGAGAAGUGAAAGCACACUGGAAGAACCAUGUCAUUAGACCCUUCAGACAAGCAUGCAUAGAUAUAGGCAUCACAGAUCGAAUUCCCACUUACACUUAUUGAAAUAAGUCUAUAUCCAAAUAAAAUCCAAAUGAAUUCAUGUCUGUAUGUUUAGAACAUAUUUGGAUCACAUUUCUAACAAAAGGUUAAACCUUUACAUAGCUUGAACAAAAUAUCUGAACAAAAAACCCUGUAGAUGAUGACCAUUUUGUGUCAUGAUUCCUCCAUUAAAAUGAAAACCAAGCAAAAAGAGACAGAAUCUGAGAAACGGAUAGUGACCAACAAAUAAACGGAGAAAAUAUAAACAAAAGUGAUUAUAGUCAUGCCCAUUAUGUUGUGUUAUAUUGAAAGAUGGCAGUAGAGUCAUACAAAAACGUCUUAAAAUCACAAACAAUCUGCAGUCACAAAUUGUAAUAACCAAAGAAAUACAUUUGGUUUGUGAUUAUUACUAUAUUCAUUCAUAUUUUUUUUUAUCUUACAUAUGAAGAAACAAAAUACCUAACAGGAAAUGACAUUACUCUUCUGGUUAUAAUGAUGAUGUGACCUGUUUUGUAGUUUGGUAUAAUUUGUUCUUGAUGGCUUGCUAGAAGCACUCUCUGAUCUUCUGAAGAAAUAUUAAGCCGUGUUAUGCAAAUUGAGUGUGUAUGUUGUCUUGGCUGAACUGAAAUUCAUGAAUGCAUGAAUAAGAAUGAAAAAUAACACAAAUCAUUCUUAUAAGAUGUUGCCAAAUAACGUAUGGCCCAUGUUCUAUUGUAAUCAAUCCUGCAGCCCAGACAAGAAAAUGCUGGACCAAAUUACUCUACAUUUAUUUUGCUCCAUAUUUCACCUUGACUGUUAGACACAUUUACACAUUUCUCAUAUUGAUCUGGAGAUUUCAAAAUAAAUUCCCACCUAAACGGUUCAAAAUUAUGCAGCUGAACCCACUUCCUUCUUUCCUUCACAAGAUUAAAUAUCGACUGGGUAAAAGAUGAUGUUGCAGGGUAUUAAGAGGAAACCUAAUGAAGAGUGAUGCCAUUCCCACCAAACGUGUCUACAUCGCUAAA